UGCUGACCUAAGGGACAUUCCUAGAUAUUUGAAUUAACUAUACGUAUAAACUUGGUUUAUACUAUUUCGUCUAACACAUUCAUUACUUUUUUAGCCGGCAUCAGUCGCAAUGUCCGGGGAGUCAAUCAUCGCCAAGGAUGGGCUCAAUAUAUCUACUCCAACCUCCGUCAAAGUCGUAAACGAGGACGGCAUCCCACCGAAAUCAGAUAAAAUCCCAUUCUUCAGGAGCACUCUAUUCCAGAUUCUUGUGGUAGGUAUAUGCGCCUUCUCCGCACCCGGAAUAUGGACUGCCAUGAACGGCCUCGGCGUAGGCGGAUCGCAGAGCCCGGACCUCGUCAACGCCGCCAACGCGCUGCUCUACGCGUUCAUGACGGUGACCUGUUUUGGCGGGCCGUGGUUGACGAAUGCGAUUGGGUUCCGCUGGACUCUUUCCAUAGGGACCCUUGGAUAUCCCCUGUACGCGGCCGGGCUGUACGUCAAUAAUCGAUGGGGCAAUGUAUGGUUUGUCUACGUCGGCGCCGUUGCGUGCGGCAUCAGCGCGGGUUUCUUCUGGAGCGUGGAGGGGGCUAUCUCGACGGGAUAUCCGGAGCAUCACAAGCGAGGCCGUUACAUCGCGACGUGGUUUACCUUCCGCAACUUUGGGAAUGUUAUCGGGGGCGCCAUCUCGCUAGGUCUGAAUGUCAACGUGAACCAUCGCGGUCAAGUGGGAUACCAAACCUAUCUGGCUUUUAUCGCUAUCCAAUGCCUCGGGUGUCUCCUUGCUCUUCUCCUUUCUAACCCCGACAAGGUGCAGAGAGAUGAUGGGACCCGCAUCGAAGCGCCUAGGGGACUUCAUUGGCGCACUGAGCUCCGCGAGAUGUGGAGGCUGAUGAGGAGCAAGUCAAUCUUACUCUUGACGCCCCUUUUCUGGUACUUCGGCUGGACCCAGGCGUACCCGGGGACAUACCUGGCAACAUACUUCACAGUUCGAUCGAGAGCCCUCGGCAGUUUCAUGUCUGCUAUCGUCGGCACUCUGGCUACUUGGCUGGGCGGCACGCUGGUCGACAUUCACUGGACGAAGAAGAGGCAGACUCGUGCUAUUAGCACAUACGUCCUGAUCGCCGGGCUUAACAGCGCGACGUGGAUCUGGGCAGUAUACAUCCAGAACGAAUAUCGCCACACGCUUCCCGUCCUCGACUGGGGCAAUCAAGCCGAGUUUGGGCGUGGCUUCGGCGUGUACAUGUUUGAGCGGCUCAGCGCGGGACUGGUCGAGAAUUACAUCUAUUGGUGUAUCAGCAACUUGUCGGAUUCUCCAGGCGACCAGAUCAGAUAUAGCUCUUUGCUUCGGGGGAUCGAAACGGCUGGUGUCGCGAUAGGGUUCGGUAUCCAGGCCGUUCCUACAGCGCUUAUUGCUACGGCUAGCAUUAACCUUGGGCUCUGGUUCGUUGCGUUGCCGUUUAGUUAUUAUGCUACUUUGAGGGUGGUGAAGAAGUUUAAUGAGCUGGAUAAGAAGCGCGAUGAGAAUAUUGAUGUUGAGACGACACAUGCGUGAUACUUUUUGAGGGUAUAUACAAUCAUAGUAUAGUUGUCUAGUUUUAGGUAAUUAUUAUCUCCUG